CAACAUCUUUCUUCUGCUUUCUAUCCACGUAGGCCACCCUUCUUGCGUGUCUUCCGCACAGUAUCAAGAGGGCAUUACAAGCCAAUAGACGACCCCUGUAUUUCCCACUUCAAGAUGUCGCAUACAAUGUCCGUGACGUUCCUGGGCACGUCCAGUGGUGGCGGACCGUCGGAUACGCGUUCGUGUUCGAGCCUUGCUUUGGAUAUAUUGGGGAAUGGGGACUUAUGGUUGGUCGAUUGCGCAGAAGGCACGACGCGCCAGUUUGCGAUGCAGCCGUUUGGGCCACGGAGGCUGAAGACAAGUAGAAUCACGAAGAUUUUUAUUACGCAUUUACAUUUCGACCAUUGCAUGGGCGUCAUAACUCUACUAGCCAACAUUCUUCGCGGUUCUGCUGGCGCCUCGCAACCUCCACGUUCCAAACCACCACUAGUGGAACUUUAUGGUCCUGCAGGACUCCGCGUCUUCGUACGCAGUAUACUCAAAAUGACAAUGACAGACUUGACAGAACGAUAUGCUGUUCAUGAACUGUUAACACCUUCUGACAAACCGACGUCGUGUGAAACGGGUAACAUGCAUCCUGGAGAAUCGAUCGGCAGAAACAUAUUAUCUGUAUCGACUGGAUUGUGGUUCGAUUUGGCUGUAUAUGGCUCUGUUCAUGUUGAUGCAGCGCCUAUUUUACAUAGAGCUCCUUGCAUUGGGUACGUAUUCCGGGAAACGAACCAUCUCGAACGCAAGAUAGUCGUACUCGGUGAUACGUGUGACCCCUCCGCAAUCACAGACCUCGCGCAAAAUGCUGCUUUGUUAGUCCACGAAGCAACAGACGCACAUAUCCCUGUUUCGAUCGAUCGAAGCUUUCGAGGAGACAAGAAGACACCUGCAUUCGUUCGUCAGAAGAUUGUGAGCAAGGGACAUUCAACACCAGGCAUGGCGGGGGCGUUUGCGAAAAUGAUUAAUGCUGAGAGGCUGGUCUUGAACCAUUUUAGUGGGAAAUUCCCUGCGCCAAAUCCUUACCGUCCCGACCCCCGAAGACGACUCGUCAUGAAUGAGAUUGAACGCCAAGCGAAUGAGGCAUGGGGUGAAGAGAACAAGAAAGCGAUUGCGUCAUACGACUUUAUGCGUGUGGAUAUACCGGGUGCGCCUGUCCAAUCACGAUUCCGCGAACCGAAGAUGGAACCGUCGGAAGUGGAAAAGCCUCCGGUAGUAGAAAGGCCUUCGGUAGUGGUAAAGCCUUCAGAAAUGGUAAAGCCAGCGGAAGUGGAAAAGCCCGCUGAAGAGAAGCCGAGUCAAGUGUCAACUCAAGCACCAGCCCAAACACCACGUCGAGCACCGCGCACUCCGCCUCCAACGAUACAGAAGAAUCAGACGAGGAACGUUUUGAAGAGGAGGAAGACUUGAUGGUUGAAUAUCUGAUUUUUAUUUGUGUCUAAUUUAUGUCCCGAGCAUCAACUACCACCCCGUUGAAGUCUUCAUAGAGCCUAUCAUCAUUGUACUAGGCCUCUCUUACGAACACAGAAUUAUCCCGUCCUGCAAAUACCCAUCUCUCUCGCACUAUGCAAAAGUGUCAUGGAUACCUGACUCGGAGGUGCUUGCAGUUCAUGAUGUCGACCGUUCGUCAACUUCGAGAGGAACGUGACUUUUGCUUCGAUCUGAAAUAAUCGGGAUUCGCGUGUAGCGAAGAGUUUUGUCGGGACGUAGAUGGCGAAAUGUUUGGCCCAGAUGGGGACGGGGCGGGCUGGCAGUUCGACCCAGUCGGUCGUCUCGAUUUCAGCGUCGUCGUCAUCGUCAUCUUCCAUCUCGGUCUCUAGACCGCCUAGGACGGACUGAACAGACGGAACUGCACCGACUUGCGAGAUAUGGCGAGAAUACGAAGAGGCAAUUGAUUCAAUAGCAGCAACGUUUAUCCCGCCGUCCCUAUUUGGACAGCUUCCUUGCUUCCGUGGUGGUUCUUUGUAGUGAAGAACGAAUUGCGGGUCGGCAUUGUGUUCUACACCUCGAAUUAGCGGUAUCCGAGGAAGGUAGGAGCGGACAGAGAUGGUGGCGUGGUGAUAGUAUGUUUCCCGUGUAAGGUCGAGGAUCUCGAGGCGGGCUCUUAUGGGGAUGGUAUCUCUGAGAAGUAUCGCGUUAGAUCUACUUGUGCAACGGGCAGAAAAUGAAUGGAAUGAGAAGAAGAUGAAGGCUUGCUCACCCGUCUUCGACAUCCCAAUACGUCGAAUGAGACUCGAGAGGUGUGAUGCGGAACGAUACACGCGGAACGAGCAUCCCGUUGAUGCUCACAUACGGCGAGUGUUGUACAACAUUCUGUGGCUGAACUGGGAAAGUGGGAGGGAAAAUACGCUCCACUGGAGGCGGAGAAGAAUUGACAUAUGGCGCUAAAGGGAUCGGUUCCGACCAUGUAUCAUCACUUCUGAUGAUCUCAGGUGGAGGAACAAGGCGCUGCGUCGUCGUCGUCGUCGAAAUGUGUGGCCAUGCAUUCACAUUGCCAAAGCGCUCCGAAGGAUUGAAGACUUGAUAUCCUCCAUUGUACCCCUGCCCUUGUCUGGAUGCGAGAGAUGGUACUGGUGAAGACGGCACGGGAAAUGGAGGGAUCUCGAGUGGCUCGUCAUCUGAAUCUGAAUCUGAAUCACUGCUGGAAUCCGAGUCUGAAUCCGAGUCUGAGUUGGGUGAGAUGUUGGCGUUUAUGACGCGUAGAGGUGGACGCGGACGCGUUGUGGGAAUAGGAGAAGUACGAGGAGAGGGAGCAGGAGGAGUCGAACACGAGGAACGUUCGCGUCCUUUCUCUUUCUCUGUGUCUUUCUCAACUCGGAUGGAUCGGUAUGAUGAAUGCGAACGUAGCUUGCGGUUCGCUUUUGAUUCGUCAUUGACCGUGGAAAUAGCUUCUGUUAGACUCUGGUUACGUCCGGGAGGCUCAGUUGACGAAGACAAAGUAGGCGACGACGUCACGGGAGACGACGAUCGCGAGACACCACGACUAAACGCAUCGGUGGCCUUAUCCUUCUCUUUCUCCUCCGUCUCCGAUUUAGCGCACGCGCCUCGCCAGAGUGCGUUGAGCGAAUAACGCGGCUGGUAUUUCUCGAUGUCGAAGGGAAUAGGGGAGGCGGAGGAGGCGGAGUGUUUGAAGGUGGAGGAUUUACGGCUAGAGGACUGUACAGGCCUAAUAGUCUCCGUCGAAGGGUGUCUUCUCCUGCUAUGUGUAUGGAUACGUGCACGUGGGCUCGUGCUGUUGGUUUUAAGUUCGUUUGAUGACAUGGAAGAGGGAGACAUCUACAGUCUGAGAUACGGAGGAUGUGUAGCAGGAAGCGGAAGCAGAAGAGGAAAACGGACAUCUCGUAGAGACACACUUGUUAUAUAGACUGUCAGGAGUUUCGUGGUCGUGGCUUGAUUGAAUCUAAUUAUGUAUCUUGGAGUGUUGUGGCCAGAUCGCACGUGGCAGCAAAAAAUUGCGUUGCAGUGGCCGCGCUUUGGCAUUCGAGAUCUGCAUC